AUGGGUAACAAGGUUUUCUUCGACAUCGAAUGGGCCGGCAACAAGGGCCGCAUCAACUUCAACCUCUACGAUGACAAGGUCCCCAAGACCGCCGAGAACUUCCGCGCUCUCUGCACCGGCGAGAAGGGUUUCGGCUACAAGGGCUCUUCUUUCCACCGUAUCAUCCCUGACUUCAUGCUCCAGGGUGGUGACUUCACCCGCGGUAACGGUACCGGUGGUAAGUCUAUCUACGGUGAGAAGUUCGCCGAUGAGAACUUCAAGUUGACGCACGACCGCCCUGGUCUGCUCUCCAUGGCUAACGCCGGCCCCAACACCAACGGCUCUCAGUUCUUCAUCACCACCGUCGUCACCUCUUGGCUCAACGGUCGCCACGUCGUCUUCGGCGAGGUCGCUGACGAGGAGUCCAUGAAGGUUGUCAGGGCCCUUGAGAAGACUGGCUCCGGCAGCGGUGCCGUCGCUCCCAACAACAAGGCCACCAUCGUUGACUGUGGUGAGCUGUAA